UUGUUGUAUAGUUCUGAAAAUGAAUUGCUUUCAAUUGGCUAAGUUCCAUGAAUAGAUUUCAAUGAAAGAGCAUUUGACUUGCUUUCCAUUGAGGAUUGAUUAUCGAUAAGGACCCUCUGGUGAGUUUAUUAAGAUUAACAAUAUGGUGCAUGUCUUCUCUGCAGUGCUGAAGUUUAAACCCUAACUGGUUUAAAAUAUAGUUGUGAAAAUGAUCUGCUGCCAAGUGGCUAAGUUGCCAUGAACGGAUUUUUCUUAGAACUUAAAAGCGGUUUUGACUGCUUUCCCCUGUCACGGCUACUAAACUGGCUUAUAUGAUAAGAUAUCGAGUGUAAUAGCUAAGCAGAAGAAAUGAGAAAUUAUCAAGGGACAAUCUAUCAAUUUAAGGUUCACACUUAGUACUGUUAGCACCAUUGGAUCAAAGAAGGUUUACAGUCAAGCUGCAUCAAACAAGUUAUUGAGGUGGAAGUAACUCACAGUAACCGAUCAUAAGUUUGACUUAUGUUUGGUUCCGACAGAGACUAGGUACAUACUAAACAUUGGAUUGACCAGCUGACAAUUGCUCAAGUCUGCUUAUAAAAAGGGAGAGAGAAGUUUGAGCGAGUGGUUAAGCAUUUUAGGGGUGUGCUGUUUGCUUCUGUGAAUGACAUGAACUGAUGAAUUUUGAAGAUUACAGGGGAAGAUAUCCCAGAGCUUACAUUGGAAUUGCUUUAACAGAACAAACAAAUUGGUCAGCAUUAACUAAGGGCGUGAAGUUCCGGAGUUACCUGUCCCAAUCAAGCCCUUCCAAUCAUAACUUAAUACAUGUAUGAUUUUACAUGUCACAUCAAGGCAACUAAUAAGUCUGAAGUUUUAAUUGUGGAAUUCUUCUAAUUGGAGCCUUAUCAAUGCAUCAUUGCUCUGUUAACACAGUAUGCAAAGUUUGGUUGUGCUCAUGUUGCACCAAGGAAUUAUAAUGUGAAUCACAGGUGUGCUGUUUGCUUCUAGGAAAAACAUGCACUAAAAAAUGUUCAAGGAUACGGGGCAAGAUUUCCCAGAGCUUAUACUGGAUUUUUUUUAACAGAAGCAAUUUUUGUUCAGCAUAACUAACGGAUGACCAUAUGAAUGUCAGAGUCAAGCCCUUACAAUCAUUUAUAAGCCCCAGACCACCUUCUUGGUUUAUGUUCCUUUAUUAGGCUUUCUGGACAAGUAUAGCGCCAAGGUAACAGGUUUGUCCUUUCCUUCUUUUGGACUGCUCUCACAAUUCCUAUUUGACAUUUUCGUGUGUUCUUGAUGCUUGAAUUUCAUGCAGCUUCGCAAGAAAGGUGCGAGUUUAGCCCAGAAUUCUGUUCCAAGCCCUUCCAGUUUGUUCAUGACCUUCAGGAUCAUCUUAUAGUUUUGCCACCACCUCUCGCCAAAAGAUGGGAGGCUACUACUGCUUGUUUCCCUGCUUGCUCGUCUGCUUUCUGCUCGACACACUUGGCAGCCACUCCCUGAAUCAGACAUGCAAUCCCACUGAUCUGGAGGCGCUUCUCUCCUUUUCCAGCAGCUUGGAUAGGAAGGGCAGCAGGCUUGUCGGGUGGGGUCCCAACGACACAGCGUGCUGUUCUUGGACCGGCGUCUCUUGUGAUCUUGGGAGGGUUGUUGGGUUGGAUCUCUCCAACAAGAGCCUUCAUGGCGGCAUCUCCUCAGCAAUCAGCUUGCUUGAUGGCCUUGUGACUCUAAACCUCUCUGGCAACUCUCUCCAUGGUCAGCCACCGGUUGGGCUUGGCCGGUUAGCAAGGAUGCGGAUUCUCGACCUCAGCAUGAACAUGCUCUCCGGCGCGUUCCCGACGAGUGAACACGGCUUCCCAGCGAUUGAGGUUGUGAAUGUCUCCUUCAACCAAUUCAAGGGACCACAUCCUGUGUUCCCUGGCGCAAUGAACCUGACGGUUCUUGAUAUCUCGAGCAAUGCCUUUUCUGGUGGCAUCAACACCAUGGUCCUCUGUGUUGCGCCGGUCAAGGCCCUGCGAUUUUCCAGGAAUAAGUUCACCGGUCAGGUCCUCACCGGCUUCGGCCAGUGCAAGAUGCUUACUGAGCUCUCUAUUGACGGCAGUGGCCUUACCGGAAACCUCCCCAGCGACCUUUACACUAUAUCAGAGUUGAGGAGGCUGAGCUUACGAGAUAACCUGCUCUCUGGUAAUCUCGGCGAGAACCUGGGUAACUUCUCUCAGCUUAUCCAUAUUGACCUGUCAUAUAACAUGUUCCGUGGCAUCAUCCCUGACAUGUUUGGAGGUUUGAGGAGGCUGGAGUUCUUAAACUUGGGCUCAAAUUUGUUAACUGGCACAUUGCCUGCUUCCCUGUCGAGCUGCCCAAUGCUGCGAGUGAUCAACCUAAGGAACAACUCGCUGUCGGGCAAGAUUACCAUUGACUUCCGUUUAUUACCAAGGCUGAUCGUUUUGGAUGCAGGGGCCAACAUGCUGAGUGGUCCUAUACCUCCAGAUCUCAUGUGGUGCACUGAGUUGAGGACACUGAACCUUGGAAAGAACAUGCUUGAUGGGGACAUAACAGAGAGCUUUAAGAAUUUGCGAUCCCUGUCGCACCUUUCGCUUGAUCGUAAUGGCUUCACCAACUUGUCAUCCGCAUUACGAGUCUUGCAGCACCUGCCCAAACUGACAACUUUGGUGCUCACCAAGAACUUCCAUGGUGGUGAGACCCUGCCUAUGGAUGGCAUCAAUGGGUUUAAGAGCAUGCAGGUGUUUGUUUUGGCAAACUGUGCGCUCUCCGGCAUGAUUCCGCCUUGGCUGAAAAGUAUGGAGAGCCUCAGAGCGCUGGACCUUUCAUGGAAUAAGUUGAAUGGAAAGAUCCCACUAUGGUUGGGCAAUCUCAAUGAUCUCUUCUACGUCGACCUGUCAAACAAUUUGUUCAGUGGGGAGCUGCCUGAGAGCUUUACACAGAUGAAGGGUUUAAUUUCAAGUAAUAGUUCGAGUGAGCAUGCAUCAAUGGAGGAUUUCCCAUUAUUUAUCAAGAAGAAUUCAUGUAAUAAAGGUUUGCAGUACAACCAUGUCAGCAGCUUCCCGCCGUCGCUGAUCCUGUCCAAUAACUUGCUUGUUGGGCCAGCCUUGUGGGGCCUUGGCAAUCUUGUGAAGCUUCAUGUGUUGGACUUGGGCUGGAAUAACUUAUCGGGGUCAAUUCCUGAUGAGUUGUCAACCAUUUCAAGCUUGGAAGAGCUAAAUUUAACCCACAAUGGCCUCAGUGGGAGCAUACCAGAAUCUCUAGCAAAGUUGACAUUUCUCUCCACGUUUGAUGUCUCGUACAACAACCUGACUGGACUAAUCCCAGCAGGGGGUCAAUUUUCCACAUUCACAAAUGAGAAUUUCGUGGGCAAUGCUGGACUAUGCCUUCGUUGGAAUGGCCCCUGCUUUGGAAAGGCUCCAUUUGAAGAAGGAAGUGAUGGCACCGAUACCAUAUCCGCAAUGCUCACGAUGACAUACAUCACUGUGGAAGUGGGAUUCGCUUUCGGGCUUUUGACUGUCUGUAACAUACUGUUCUUCGCAAGGGCUUGGAGGGCCGCAUAUUUUCUGGCGGUCGACAGGUUCUUUGAUAAGCUCUAUGUAAUGACAAUGGUGAAGGUGAACAAGCUCACAAGAAUUUGGGAGGAUAAAGAUCAUCUUUAGAACAAGUCAGACAUUGCUCUUUGCAGGUCCUAUCUAGGGGGCUUGUGUGCAAAUGUUCUUUUUACUUUAUAUAUGCCGUCUCCUUUUUCUCAGCUUAUUAUAGUGUCUUCCUUGCUACCACCUCAGGUGUCAUUAGGUGGAUAGAUUCAGUAGCAGGGGUCAUAUGGUUAGAUCUUGAAUUCCUCUUCAUGCUGAGGGCAAUAUUGUUUGUGAUAUGUGUUGAUACAACAAAAUUUAUGAACUGUGUGGUGGGUGCUAAUCUGAAGACUGUUUGCUGUUCUCUGUGUGCAGCAGUACAAUGUGCUGCCCCUUUCUCUGUUUGUUUAGCUAAUUGAAGGUAGCGCUUGUAGAUUUCGGUUUCUUCCGCUUAAACCUUUUUUUUCAGUUUCUCUUGAUUACUUCUGAAUUCUGGUUUGUUUUACUGUUUGUGCUACUAUUGUCUAGGCUAGUUCUAGUUUUUAGCUAGGAUUUUGGUCCUCGUGAGGAGGCGAAAGAAAAGGAAAUGUUGUGUCAACUUCUGCAGGAAAAUAUGUGUCAGACAUAAACAUUGCUUUAAAACCUUUAUGCUUCUGCCGGGAAACAGGCCGUUGCGGCAGAAACUAGGAAAAGAGCCAGAGGGAUGAUGGCAAAUGAACCUGGGCUGAGCUGGAUUGAGUAAAAAUGCAAUUCAUUUGUUGUCUGCAGAUGGUGAGUGCCACUCUCACAUAGAUAGCUUAAUGGCGAGUUGCUUAGACUCAAGGGAAACACGGAAUCUGAAAAUGAAUUGCUGUCAAGUGGCUAAGUUGCCAUGAAUAGAUUUCAGUUAAAGAGCAUUUGAGCUGCUUUCCAUUGGAGACUGGUGG